CCUCCCCCGCAGGGCGGGGAGAGCAGGGGGAGGUUGGCUCCGAGACCACGGCGGCAGCGGUGGCCGGUGACAGACGUUUGCCCGGCCCGCGGCGGCCGCACAGGGACAGAGGGAUCUUCGCACCCGGCCGUAGCGGCAGCAGCCUCGGGGUGCGCUGGCCCGGCCCCCACCUUCCCGGGCAGGAGAAGCCGCCGCUGCCGGGAGCCGGGCUGCGGGAACUGGAAAGCCCCGGCCGCCCCCGCCCCUAUCUUCGGGGGCGCAGCGGGGUUGGUGGGUGACGCCGGCGCUGAUCACCUGGGCUCCCCGCCCUCCCUCGGCCGGGGGAGCAGCGCUCGGCGCGCUGCAGGCGGGCAGGGCCGGGCAGUUUCGGGCUGCGGCGCCGAGCGGGGUCGCCGGGGACUCGCGGCGGCUGCGGGACGGGGAGCCGCGGCGGCAGCAGCAGGAUGAACCCCAAUAUCACCUACGCCAGUCGCAAGCGGCGGAAACCCGUGCAGAAAAUAAUAAAGCCGUCCCCAUCUGAAGGAGCCAAGUCCAAUCCAUCCAAGAGACACAGAGACAGAUUGAAUGCAGAGUUAGAUCGCUUGGCUAGCCUCUUGCCUUUCCCACAAGAUGUUAUCGCCAAACUGGAUAAACUGUCUGUGCUUAGGCUUAGCGUGAGUUACCUGAGAGCCAAAAGCUUCUUUGAUGUUGCAUUAAAAUCUUCCAACUGUACCAGACCUGAGAGAAAUGGCAUUCAGGACAGCUGCAGAAGAACUAAGCCUGGAGAAGGCAUACAUCUACUAGAAGGAGAACUUUUAUUACAGGCAUUAAAUGGCUUUGUGCUGGUUGUUACAGCAGGUGCUCUAGUCUUUUAUGCCUCUUCAACCAUCCAGGACUAUCUGGGGUUCCAGCAAUCUGAUAUUAUACACCAGAGUGUAUUUGAAUUGAUUCAUACAGAAGACAGACCUGAGUUUCAGCGUCAGCUUCAUUGGGCAUUAAACCCUGCACAAACGACAGAUUCUGCACAGAGAACACAAGGCGAUAAUGCUUUUUCACAGCCAGCAGCCUAUUAUAAGCCAGAACAGCUUCCUCCAGAGAAUUCUUCCUUUAUGGAAAGAAAUUUUGUCUGCAGAUUACGGUGCCUCCUGGAUAAUUCAUCUGGGUUCUUGGCCAUGAAUUUUCAAGGGCGAUUAAAGUUUCUUCAUGGACAGAACAAGAAAGGGAAGGAUGGCUCUCCUGUCUCUCCUCAGCUGGCUUUAUUUGCAGUGGCUACCCCACUGCAGCCUCCAUCCAUCCUUGAGAUACGAACCAAAAACUUCAUUUUCAGAACUAAACACAAACUGGACUUCACACCUAUAGGCUGUGAUGCAAAAGGAAAAAUUGUGCUGGGAUACACUGAAGAAGAGCUGUGUAUGAGAGGAACAGGAUAUCAAUUUGUUCAUGCAGCUGAUAUGCUUUAUUGUGCUGAGAAUCAUAUCCGAAUGAUAAAAACUGGAGAGAGUGGCAUGACUGUGUUUAGACUUCUUACCAAAGAAAAGCGAUGGGCCUGGGUUCAAGCAAAUGCACGCCUGAUCUACAAAAACGGAAGACCUGAUUAUGUCAUUGCAACACAGAGACCUCUUACAGAAGAAGAAGGGUCAGAGCAUUUACGGAAGCGAAACAUGACGGUUCCUUUUAUGUUUGCAACUGGUGAGGCUGUGUUGUAUGAGUUAAACUUUCCUUUGCCUAGCCUAAUGGAUCCCUUGCAGACAAAGGUUAAAAGCACCCCUGGGAAAGGACCUACUGCCAAAGCUACACUACAUAAAGAAUAUGUUGAUCCAAACUCAAUUCUGGGUGCCAUGUUAAGGCAAGAUGAGUCUGUAUAUCUCUGUCCUCCCGCUUCAGAUAAACUUUCUUUCGAGAGAAACUUCUUUACGGACACCAGCGAUGAAUUGGGCAAUGUUCUUAGCAGUGACUGGCAGGAUAAUCUUUUACCAACCGGAAAUAACAACAUCUUGAAACAGGAGCAAACCAACUGUCCCCAGGAAAGUAACUUAAUGAUUACUGAAGACAGCACAGGGCUCUUUCAAGAUAAUAAAAAUAGUGACUUGUACAACAUCAUGAGAAGUCUGGGUAUUGACUUUGAAGAUAUAAAAUGUAUUCAGCAGGAUGAGGAGUUUUUUAAAACUGAAUUUUCGUGUGCGGAUGAUAUUGGAGACAUCGACAUAACUGAUGAAAUCCUGACCUAUGUUCAGGAUUCCCUAAAUAAUAAGCCUGACUUCUUGUAUUCAGGUUGCCACCAGCAACAGACGACGUUUCAGAACUCUAGCUGUUUGGUACAGCAACAUUUGGAUAAGCAGCAACUUAAUCAGCACCAAAACCAAGUGGCUGAGCAGCAUCAGCAGCAGUUAUGUCAGAAGAUGAAGCAUAUGCAAGUUGAUGGGAUGUUCACAAAUUGGAACUCUGGUAGUAGAGUGCCUUUUAGCUGUUCACAGCAACAGCCAGUGCAGUAUGUUUUUUCGGACAUGCCUGGCACUACUCAAGAGUUCGCUUACAAAUCCGAAGUCAACCCUGCACCUCAUGCAUGUAGGCAGGAGUUUAUGCCUUAUAAACAGCCCACAACCCUGGUGCCACAGCUCUCUAAUUUUACCCAAGUAGAUUUCCCAAUAGGAUGUUUUGACAGAUCGAACUAUCCUGGUUCUUCAAGCUUGGAAGAUUUUCUCAGUUGUUCACAAGAAGUCCCUGAGAAUCAAGAGCGUGGAAUAAACUCUCAGCCAGUUAUGGUAACUUCUCAAACAUGCUAUGCGGGUGCUGUGUCUAUGUACCAGUGUGUUCCAGAAACUCAACCCAACUCUGUGGAUCAAAUGCAAUAUAAUUCUGUGAUGGAGGAUCAACAACUAUUGUUAAAUAAGUUCCAAAAUGGUUUCGGUGGAAUAAGCUUAAAUGAAGCAUAUCCCUCUCAGUUAGAUGUCAUCAGUAACACACAGUCUGCCAUGCACCUUCCGCCUCUUCAUCAUCCGACAGAAUCCAGACCUUUCUCAGAUUUGGCAUCCAGUGGAUUUAUGUAAUUCAGAGCCAAUAUCCCAUCUCUGGUUUUUGAUGGAUAUCACUUUGGCCUGUGAAGGAGCGCUUGAUAAGGCUAUGGACACUGGGCUUUAAAGCCCCAAGUACAUUUUGAUAAGUUGAGGCUAGUUGCACUAUAUACCAAUAGGAUAUGUAAUCCAAAACCUGACUUUUUUGGGUGGGAAUAGGAACUAUACUUUGACUGAAAGUGUGCAUGCGCUGUUGUCAGUCAGAUUGAAAAUGUGUUGUUGCUGCAAUAUGGAUUAUGUACUAUAUACAUCACGUUGUAGAACAUAAGAUAAGGCAAAUGGUUUUAUUUAGAAAAUAAAUGGGCACUUUGACAACCUUACUUGUAAUGGCACAAACGGGAAGAUGUUUUCACUCUUGGAUUAUUGCCAGAUUUUAUUUUUUUUAAUUAAAAUUUUUAAAAAGAAUGAUCUAAAAUUAAGAGCAUCAAAAGCACUUAUUUUUUACUGUAUACUAAGGUCUUUCCUUCAAUUAAUUACUUGCUAUUUUAGCUCCUUUUGUUUUAAUUUCUAGUUCUAGCACUUUAAUCAAUGGAUUAAAACGAGGAUUUGAUAUACAAUUUUAGGUUUUAUAUAAACAAAUCCAUUGCAUUCCUCCUUUACUGUCAAUCUUAAGUGCCUCACAAUUUAGCUAUCUUAUUUCUGAAAGGAAGCUUGUUUUAGAAAACAUUCACUAUAAAUUAGUCAUCGACAUUGUGUGAACUUUUAACUAAUAUAUACAGUGAUAUUGGCUUUCUUUUUUCUAUAAAGUUUUUAGCAAUGGCUGUUUCGAAUUAGACUCAAUUCUGAGUCUGCAGAGUUGUAACACUUAUCUGGAGAUGUAAAUGUUUUACACAUAGUUCAAGUAAAGGCUUUUUGUUAUUCUGUACUUCAUGUCUGCUUGCUUCAGGUAAAACAGGGUAAAAACAACAGAGAUUUUGCAGGGGGAGGAUUCCUCAAGAUUAGUUUCAGAUUUCAGUGCUGAAAAACAUGUGCCUUAUCUUGUGUUAAAACACUUGUAAUGUUCUUCAGAAAUAAAAGUACAAGGCUGCUCUAUGCAAAUACUUUCACUAAAAUGGAUAUUGAAAAGGGUUAACUUUUAAAUUAUGGGGGAAGAGCUGUCUCAAUGGUAAAUGGUAUUGAGGUUUACUUUUGUAAAAAUUUCUUCACUGAUAGUCAAAGUUCGAUUGGCUGCAGUUUUUAAUGUUGCAGGGGGGAAGAGAGGGUCUGCUAUUAUUAAAUGUUAUCCCUGAUAAAUUGCACUCUAAAGGAAAAGAAGUGAUCUUUUUUUUUUGUUUGUGAACCCACUUAAAAAGAUCUAUGUGCAAAAUAUAAAAAUGAAAAAAAAAAAAUAAAGUUCAGAGAGAUUAUCCUUGUAAUGAAAAGGAUUUUUAUAUUUUUUGUUUUCAGAAAAGCUAAAAAUAUUGCUUUGGGUUUUUUUUUAUUUGAGAGAACUGUUAGAAUUGUAGACACCAAUGUUUGGUGCAAAAUAGUAGCAUAAUGGAAAAAUACAGAAACGUAUAUGUUCAAAUUGUUGCAUACGCUUGUGUGCUGUAUAGUUCAUAUGUAAUAAAACGUCUUUGUAAAAUAUUUUAAACCAGUUAAUUUUAAAGUGUUACAUCAUAUAUAUAAAGAUGAAAUGUUUACAUUUGUUAUGUAUAAUAUAAAUUACAGUGUAGACAGUUUUGUUAAAAAGGAAACAAAAAUAAACCAACGUUCUCCUGGUUGGUGUUCAUAUUGUUUAAUACAAGGACAACUGGAGUUUUUUAACUUGAGGAGAGACUAUUUUGCAAAAUUGUUGAAAAUGCGAUGGGGAAGGUUUCAUUCCACUAUUUGUGCAAUCUGCACUGAAAUAACUACAAAGCUAAAUAUUGUGCAUUAGAUUUUCAUCCCAUUUCUUUGAUUUCUUCUUUGAAACACACUCUCCAUGAGUAAAACUAAUUUCCUUCUAUAGUGUAAUAUGAUCUGCUAGACAGAAUAUCAAAUUCAGUUGUAGAAUUUCAGAUGCAUGACGUUAUCAAGGGAGAAAUGGAUGUCAGGGAAAUAUCUUGUAUUAAUACUCUAUAUUAUUCAGGAAAGCCCUAAAAACAAAUUAGCUUGGGACAUGAAAUUCAUUUUUUUAAUGUUUCAAACUUAGUGAUAUCUCACACUGAAAACAAAAAGUUUUGAUUUAAUAGCAUCUGGAUUCACAUUUUAACAUUUAAAUUUUUAAUUUAAGGUAAGUUUUAAUCAAUUUCUAGAAUGGCUUGCAUUUCUAGUUAGUGUAUCACUUUUAAGAGUGUGAAUUUGACAGUCUGUUUUAAAUUCUGUAAAACUGAAACAUUCAAAGGGGUAAUGUACAUUUUUACAUCAGUAUAAAUAAAAAUGCAUCUGAUCAGUCUAGCUAAACCAAAAAUUUGUUGUUCUACCACUAAGUGCCAAGGAAGCAGCAGUACUAGUGUACUGCUUUAUUAUAAACAUUUAGUUUUGUUAUAUACAUAUCAGUUUAUUUUCUGUAGCUAUGCCUACAACAAACCCAUGAUUAUGACUGUGUAUUUUGAAUCUACACCAAACUACUUCAAAAGUGCACAGGAAUUUUUGAAUUUUUUCAUUAGCCCUCCAGUUCUGUUAUGAGUAAGAUAUAGCCCAUUGUUAAUCAGUAUUACUAUCAAUUUUUUGUACCAGUUUUCUUGGCUUGUUUUGCUUUAAGUUCUUAUUUCUGAUUUGCUAUGCCUGCACAUGCCAUGCAAUACAUUUCUUGGGUUAGGGUAUGUUUUUGUAGUGUUCUUACUGACCUUCAGUAAUGUUUGUAAAACAUAAUAUAUGGUAAUAAAAUAAUCAUUUGAAUGUA